AUGCCUUGUCACAUGGAAAUGACGAAGGCAGUUCAAAAGAGGUACAAGAGUGAUGGACAUGACACUAUUGUUUUGGCUGGAGCUGAGUAUGGAAGUGGAAGCUCCAGAGAUUGGGCUGCCAAGGGUCCCAUGUUAUUGGGAGUUAAAGCUGUGAUUGCCAAGAGUUUUGAGAGAAUUCAUCGCAGUAAUUUGGUGGGAAUGGGAAUUAUUCCACUUUGUUUCAAGGCUGGUCAGGAUGCGGACACGCUAGGAUUGACUGGCCAUGAGCGCUAUACUAUUGACCUUCCAAGCAAUAUCAGUGAGAUAAAACCUGGCCAAGACGUGGCUGUCACAACUGACAAUGGGAAAUCGUUCACCUGCACAGCUCGCUUUGACACUGAGAAUGCUAGGCUUGGAGCUAAUAAAGCCUUGCAUUAA